UUUUAAGUCAUUUAGUAUUUAAUUAUUGCACCCGGAUAUAUAAUAAAUGAUAAAUGUGCAAUGUAAAAAUAUUGUGAAACCCGUAAAAAUCGGGAAAUCAACGAUUAUAAUUUUCUGGGUUUUGAGUGAUCACCUUGAUUAAAUAAUUUGGAAAUCUAAUAUUAGAUAAAUACGAUAAUUGAACAAUUAUUUCAAAUCGAAUUAAGAGUCAUUUAUUUAUACAAUGAUUUGUGAAAUAAUAAUCAGGCAGGAUAUUGUUGAUUUUCAGUUUAGAAUAUAGGUGCAUAUAUAUUUACUCCAUUAUGUAAUGAAUCUAAGUGGAAACAACCGGUUCUGGUUUUUAUCUUGUUACUGAUUCCCCCUCUAAAAAACACCGGUUUUCUUGUAAAUAACACACCACAUACUCAAUUUUACUCACAUCAGUAUCAUUUUCUCAGUGCUUGCGCCUUGCUUGUCUUCAGCGUUCGAUUAUUAUUCAAUUAAUUGUUUUAUUAAGUGAUUUACGACCAAAUAUUUUGACUAUGGUCGUCGCAAAAAAAUUUGUCAUCGCGAACCAUUUCGAUGGGGAACCUAAACCUUCUGAUUUAACUUUAGUAGAGGAGGAAUUGCCACCUAUUAAGGAUGGAGAAUAUCUUGUCAAAGCAGAAUAUCUCUCAGUGGACCCUUAUAUGAGAGUUUACUCACUAAAUAUUCCAGUUGGUAGCGUUAUGAUAGGUGGUCAGGUGGCAACAAUUAUAGAAUCUAAAAAUCCCAAAUUUCUAGUAGGCCAAAAGAUUCUAGGACGUCUUGGUUGGAGAAGUCAUACGAUAAUUGAUCCGAAAGAUGGAGACAAAACUACGUUUAUGAACCAGCCUCCAGAAUUGUUACCAGAAAUUGGAAACCUGCCUUUUUCACUUCAUUUAGGAGUUUUAGGAAUGCCUGGUCACACCUCCUACUUUGGAUUUUUGGAAAUUUGCAAUCCAAAAGCCGGCGAGACAUUAGUUGUAAGUGGUGCUGCUGGAGCAGUUGGUUCUCAUGUUGGACAAAUUGGAAAAAUUAAAGGUCUCAAGGUCAUCGGAAUCGCUGGAUCUGAUCAAAAAUGCAACUGGCUCGUUGAGGAGCUUGGAUUCAAUCACGCAAUUAAUUACAAGACUGAAAAUAUUACCGAUGCCUUAAAAAAAGCUGCUCCUCAAGGUGUCGACUGUUAUUUUGAUAAUGUUGGAGGAGAACUUUCGACUAUUGUAAUGUACCAGAUGAAUGAUUUUGGUCGAAUUGCAGUUUGUGGCUCCAUAUCUUCUUACAAUUCUAGUGAUUUAAACGACAUUGAAAAACUUCCUAAGGUUGCCUUGGUUCAACGUAUUUUCAUCAACAAACAAUUAAAGAUGGAAGGUUUGCACGUUUCUCGAUGGUUCAACCGAUUUGACGAAAGCACAAAUCAAAAUCUCAAGUGGAUUCGGGAAGGCAAACUUAAAUACAGAGAAACUUUUACUCAAGGUUUCGAAAAUAUGUUCAAAGCAUUUGUGGGCAUGAUGCACGGAGAAAAUGUUGGCAAAGCUAUUGUCAAGGUUUAAUAUGAAUCUGCAAUAUUUAUUUUCUAAUUUCCUGUUAUGAAAGUUUCCAACAUUUUCUGAUUAAGAAAUAGAACUGCAUGGAAUAUUUGAACUAGUUUUAAAACAUUUUAAGAAAAAUAUUGUUUACGAUCAUUAUUAUGUGAGCGCUAAAGCGCACAGGAAGCACUACAUUGCUCAUUUAUAAAAUAUAAAAAUAUAAAAUAAGAUUAUUAUGCUUCCAAUUUUAAAUUGUG